CUUAGCCAGUCCAACCGGACGAGGAGGACCCUGGACCGUGUCUGCACCUUCCGCCCCCAGCUUUGGGUGGCGCUACCUGGGGUCCGCCUGCGCCGACCGCGGUCCUUGCUGGCUAGCUUGUCCUCCCGGAAGCCCCGGAUGCGCUGUCCCGGAGGCCAUGGGGCGGCAGUGGGGGCCCGCCGUGAGGGCGGCCGAGCGGGCGGGCUGCGUGGUGAGCGCCACCCGGGCCGGGCAGCCCGAGGCGGGCUCGUGGAGCUGUAGCGGGGUUAUCCUGAGCCGCCGCCCGGGCCUGGUGCUGUGCCACGGGGGCAUCUUCACCCCCUUCCUGCGGGCCGGCAGCGGGGCGUUGACCGCGGCCGGCACCGCCUUCCUGCCCGGCGACAGUUGCGGCGGCGACCUGCGCCUGCACGUGCAGUGGGGCCCAACGGCCGCGGGUCCGGGAGGCCGCGCGGAGCGGGGCCGCCCCGGGCUGUGUACGCCCCAGUGCGCCGGCCCGGAGCGCGGCCCGCCGGCCCGAUCUGGCGGGCGGCCACUGCAGCCCCGCCCCGCCGAGCUGCUGCUGCUGCUGAGCUGCCCGGCCUUCCGGGGCCACUUCGCGCACCUCUUCGGCGGCGAGGCGGCCGAGCAGUGGCGCUUCGCGAGCGCCUCCCCGGACGAGGAGGUGUCGGAGGAGGAGGAGGAGGACCAGCUGAGAGCGCUGGGCUGGUUCGCGUUGCUGCGCGUGCGGCCGGACCCGGAGAAGGAGGAGCGCGGGCCGGUGUUGGCGGUGGCGCCUCUCGGGGCCGUGCCCAAGGGCGCGCCGCUGCUGGCCUGCGGCUCCCCGUUUGGGGCCUUCUGCCCGGACAUCUUUCUCAACACUCUGAGCCGUGGCGUGCUCAGCAACUCGGCCGGCCCUCUGCUGCUCACCGAUGCGCGCUGCCUGCCAGGCACCGAGGGCGGCGGCGUGUUUGAGGCGCGGCCCGCGGGGGCGCUGGUGGCGCUAGUGGCGGCGCCCCUCUGCUGGAAGGCCCGCGAGUGGGUGGGCCUCACGCUGCUCUGCGCCGCCGCCCCGCUCCUCUGCGCCGCCCGGGCCGCCCUCUGCAGCCUGCACCCCGGCGCUGCCGCCCUGGCUGCCCUCCUACCGCAUGAGACGGGCGCCCCGUGGGGCCUGCCCCUCCGAGACCCCGGGCCCCCGUGGGCAUCUGCGGCCGUGCUGGUGGAGUGUGGUUCUGUCUGGGGCUCCGGAGUGGCCGUGGCGCCCCGCCUCGUGGUGACCUGCCGGCAUGUGGCCCCUCGGGAGGCGGCCAGAAUCCUAGUGCGCUGCGCCAGCCCCAAGAGUGCCAUGAUUUGGGGACAUGUGGUGUUUGCCACCCAGGAGACAUCUCCCUUUGACAUAGCAGUGGUGAGCCUGGAGGAGGACCUAGAUGGUGUCCCCAUACCGGUGCCUGCUGAGCAUUUCCAUGAAGGCGAGGCUGUCAGUGUCGUGGGCUUUGGUGUCUUCGGCCAGGCUUGCGGGCCCUCGGUGACCUCAGGCAUCCUGUCGGCUGUGGUGCAGGUGGAUGACAAACCAGUGAUGCUGCAGACCACGUGUGCUGUGCAUGGCGGCUCCAGUGGGGGACCUCUCUUCUCUACCUGCUCGGGGGACCUCCUGGGCAUCGUCGCCAGCAACACCCGGGACAAUAACACAGGGGCCACCUACCCCCACCUGAACUUCAGCAUUCCCAUCACGGUGCUCCAGCCGGCCCUACAGCGGUACAGCCAGACAGGCGACCUGGGUGGCCUCCGCCAGCUGGACCGCACCCCUGAGCCAGUGAGGGUGGUGUGGCGGCUGCAGCGGCCCCUGGCAGAGGUCCCGCGGAGCAAGCUCUGAUGCUGUCACCCCUCUGCAGAGAAGAGCAACCGUUCGAUGCCAUGGGGAGCGCUGAGCCUGGUGGCCCGAGGCCCCUGCACCUGCCAGGCUGCCUCCCCAUCACCACCCACCUUGUUCAGCUCUGGAGCCUGGAUCAAACUUCUCUUUGGCCCCACGGGUCUCUUACCUGGCAGCCUGUUCUGGGGGGCUCUCUCGAGCCCCCCACCUCUUUCUGCCCCCUGACGCUAGACUCAGCUCUAUUUUUUUUCCCUUCUGGGGAGCCCAGUACAACUGUACAACAGCCCUGGUCCUGACAGACAGAUGCUGGCUGGAAGGCAGGCCCCACCCUGGUUCCCUGUCUCCUGAUGGUCCCGAAGAGGGCAGGAAUUGGAAGUAACUUCCUAUCUUUCUUCCUAUCCCAGUGACUAACCGCUAACCAGUCACUCUGGUUAGUCAUUUGGCAAAUUUACAGCAGUGAAUGAUUAGCAGCCAUGGUGGAGGUAAUCCAGCAGGGCUACAAGAUGUUUGCACAGAUAACCUCCCAAGACACCACCUCACAUGCCUUCUUAUUUUUGUUACCUUUAAAUUUUCACAUUUGAGAAGAGUAGACUUGAGCAAAUCUGAAUAAGAAAGCUGAACAUUACAAUAUUGUUAAUUCUACUGGAAAUUUAUAACUUUGCUGCAAUAACAAUAAACAUAAUGACAGAUUUUUUUCUGAAAUAAGAUUGAUUUUCUUGUUCUUAAGUGUAUAUUUUGUUAGUUUUGUUUCUCGUGGAAUGGGCUGUUCUCUAUGCAUGCAUAUUUGUUAUGCAAAUAGAAUUUUCUUAGAUGUUGCAUUCUCCAACUUACUUUUUAAACUAAGUACUAUAUUUUUAUGAUCCAUCCAUGUCAUGCUUUAUAUACCUUUAAUCUGUUGCUUACACCCGUUGCUAAUAUUCCUUGGUGUGGGUGCACCAACUUUUAUCCAUCUACUCUACCCACCAUGGACAACCACAUUACCUAAAAUGCCUGCAUGCUGGAUAUAAUCCUGCAACAAUAUCCAAUUCUCUGUGAUUUAUCCCUAGGAGUGUAAGUUAUAAUUCGUAAGUUUGCCCAAACGUUCUCCAGAGUGACUCCAUGUCUACAUUCCCAAUACUUCAAUAUUUCUAGAAUUCACACCCUUAUUUCCAUUUGACAAUUGUUGAUUUUGUUUAGGUAAUGAAUUCCAACUGCAACAACCUCCAAGUUGGUUUUCCAGUAUCUUAUCAUCUCUUCCUACUAACUCCUAUACCAGUGCCAGAGAGAUCAUUCCAAAAGAUGUAUCUGAUUGUGGUAACUUAUGUUCUCUUUCUUUCUGUGGGUCUUCUUUGGCCUCAGAAUGGAUUAAAAAUCUUUACGUGUAACUCAUUUAAAACUUUCCCUCCUCCUCACUGCUUAUGCCUCACCACCCACAGCCUCUGCCAAAUACAAACAGACACACGUGAAGGACUGUUAACCAAGUCACUGUAAACCUCAUGUAUUCACUAUGCCGUAAAUAUUUAUUUAGGGAUACUGUGUGCAAGGCAACAUACAAUCAGAGUCUAUAAUGGAGAGCUAGCUGGAGAUGGUCUGUUCUCUCACAGAAUUUACAUUUCCGUUUGGAAACUGGCAAUAAACA